AUGGCUAAGAUAUUUGCUAUUUUGUUCCUUGCAAUCCUGGCAUUUACUGCCUUUGCAGAAGUAGAGGAGGACGAAGGCGUCCUUGUGUUGACUGAUGCCAACUUUGAUGAAGAAAUCAAGAACCAUGAAAGAAUUUUGGUUGAAUUCUACGCUCCAUGGUGUGGACAUUGCAAGAAACUUGCCCCUGAAUAUGUUAAAGCAGCUGCUGCCUUGAAAGAGAAGGACGUUGGUGUAAGAGUUGCUAAGGUAGAUGCUACUGAAGAGAAGGAAAUCGGAGGUAGAUUUGAGAUUAAAGGAUUCCCAACUCUGAAAUGGUUUGUAAACGGAGAACCAACUGAAUAUAAUGGAGGAAGAACUGCUGAUGAGAUCGUCAACUGGAUUAUUAAGAAAUCAGGACCCCCAACCUCAGAGAUUACUGCUGAUGAGAUUGAAUCAUUGAAAGCAGAUACUAAAUUGUUUGCAGUAUUCUACGGUGAAGAAGGAUCCGAUGAGUUUAAAGCCUUUGAAUCCGCUGCCUCUAAAGAUGACAAGUUCCAAUACAGACAUGUCUUCGAUUCAGAUGCCACCACCCCAGAAGGAGUCAGCAGACCAGGAAUUGCAGUAUUCAGAAACUUCGAUGAGCCAAUCGUUGUCUUCAGCGGAGACUUCACUGCCAGCGCUGUUUCAGAAUUUGUGUCAUCAUCAAGCAUCCCAGUUUUCAUUGAGUUCAGUGACGAGUACAUCGAGCCAAUCUUCCAGAGCCAGGCUCCAGCUUUGUUCUUGUUCCACGACGGAAGCGACGAGCAAGCCAAGAUUAAGGAUGUUGUUGCAAAGGCCGCUGGAACCCACAAGGGCAGAAUUAUCUUUGCUCACUCUGGAGUCAGUGAUGGAAUCCAACAGAGAUUGGCUGAGUUUGUAGGAACAACUGAGGCUGACCUUCCAAGACUGUUGACUCUUGGAUUCAACCCAUCUGGAAUUGAAAAAUAUGUCUAUGAAGGAGACCUCACCCAAUUGACCGAAGAAGAUGUUGAUAAGUUCUUGACUAAAUACGAAAACGGAGAACUCUCCAAAUUCUUAAAGAGUGAUGACAUCCCAGAGACUAAUGAUGAACCAGUCAAGGUAAUUGUUGGAAAGACCUUCAACGAUUUCGUUGGUGGAGACCAAGAAGUUCUUCUUGAGUUCUACGCCCCAUGGUGCGGACACUGCAAGGCCCUCGAGCCAAAGUACACCGAACUUGCUGAAGAAUUGAAGGAAGUUGAUGGAUUAGUCAUUGCCAAAAUUGAUGCUACUGGCAACGAAGUCGAGACUGUCCAAGUACAAGGAUUCCCAACUAUUAAGUUCUUCCCUAAGGGAUCAGCCACCGCUAUCGACUUUGAAGGUGAGAGAGAAGUAGAAGGAUUCAAGAAAUUCUUGGAAGAGAAAUCAGAUUACUACAAAAAGUACCUUGAGCAAAAGGAAGACCUCUAAUUUGUAUUCCUCUAAGUA